GUGUGGGGCCUACUUCCGUUACCUUUUUCGUGUCAAAGGCCACUGUGUUGAUUUACGGAAGUAGGAUUGAACUACGGCUGCAAGCCUGAUCCACCUGGUAAUUCGAGAAGGGUCGAGGACUAGUAGUAAGAGUUUCUCAUUUUGGUCUUAGUUCCCGGUUGUGCUGACAUUUCCCUUUCUCGAUUCAUACUGCUGGAUAUGUAGCAGACGGUAGAGUGGGCCAGAAAGGGUCGGUGGACACUUCACGAGAACGGUCGCCAUCAUGGGAAAGGCUGCUGUAAUUGUGCGGGACUUGUUUUCUGUACUGUUGGUCAUACAGCAUGUGUCAAACGGAGCGCUGAUGCCGGGAGUUAGAACCACCCAACCGACUACCGCGCAUGCAAGAGGCCUGUACAGUACUGAUCCCAACUUGCAUAAAGAGGCAACUGUAAACAGUGGAACUCCGGGAGAGAAGGCUGUUCAAAUACGUGCAGAGAGGCCCACCGUCACCGCUACACCACACGACUGUCUGGCGCACCCGGACUUUAACAUCACCGUAAUCUGCAAGACACAAGGAGUUCCGAAACCUACCAUUGAAUGGCGAUUUCUGAACGAUUCCGGUCUAUACAAUUGGAGUCCGGACAUGGCUUCGGCUUGUCAUGUACGGAAUGACGGAACGUUAGAAAUUACAGGAGCCUUAGCUGCCAGUUUUGACUGGUUCGUCUGUGUGGCCAGUAACAGUGCAGGGGCCGCCAUGACAGUCGUCAAGGUCACUCCGGACAUUAGCAAGCACUCUCACAAAACCAGAAUGUAUAGCGAAGAGGUAUUCCUGAUAGCCAUAGUAGCCACGUAUUUUGUCACGUUAUGUUCGAGUUACAGUCUUUACCGACUCUGUAGACGGAAGAAGAAAACCAAGUCGGGUACAGAACAUGCUGGACAACAAACUGAAAAUCCGCCAAGGCAAACUGUACCCAACAUUCCGCGGAGUCUCCUACCUAUGGACGGUAUGAGGAGCGCCAGCUUGUACAGCAUAUUGGACGUGGAGAGUAGCUUUUAAACAAUUUAAGCAUCGUCCUUUAUAUAUGGACGCUAAAUAAUUUUGCCAAUCCUUAUUGCCACAUAAUCAAGUUAUCGCAGUUUCUAGCUGGAGAUUCAAAGUGGGCAUAAAUAGUGUGAUAUUAUUGAUGUUUACCGAAGGAAAACAUAUUGUUUUUGCUCUGUUUCCUCUUCUUCUUCCGUUCCAAAC